CCUUCCAAGUCCGCCUCCCGAGUUCCGACCCAGCCAACCCACCAAACCCUAGCUCGAAUUAGAAAAGGAGGAGGAGGAGAAAGAUUCCCCAACCCGCCGCCGCGUCGCCGCGAGAUGGCCGAGUACGACGAGCGCUACGAGGGCAACGGCGGCCCCGCCCCCGGGGACGCGGGCGCCCACGCCCAGGCCGAGUACGGCGCCGCUCCCCCCGCCGCCGGCGCCGGCUCACCGCCCGCCGCGGCCAAGCCCACCGGGUUCUCCGACCACGCCGACGGCCGCGCCUCCCAGCCCCAGCACGAGACACAGUUGCAUGACAGUGGUUCCUCAAAAUCCCGAGAAAGGGACAGAGAACGUGAUAAGGGCAAGGACAGGGAGCGCGACAGGGACCGUGGCCGAGAGAGGGAGAGGGACCGGGGCAGGGAUAAGGACCGCGAAAGAGGUGACAGGGACAGGGAUCGUGAUCGCCACCACAGGGAUCGCCGCGAGCGUAGCGAGAAAAGGGAACACCGUGAUCGUUCCGAUGAUCGUGACCGCCACCGUGAUGAUCGUGACCGUCACAGGAGCCAUGAUUCUGAAAGGAGAAGAGAUCGUGAAAGAGAUGGCCACCGUAGGCAUCGGUCGCGCUCUCGCUCCCCGUCUAAGAGCCGUGAUCGUGACCGAAGAUCUAGAUCUCGUUCACGCUCUCGUUCAAAGAGCAAGCGUGUGAGUGGAUUUGACCAAGCACCGCCACAACCGACGAUGCCUAUAGCUGCUGCUGGUGCUGUUCCUGGUCAGCUGCCUGGAGUAACUCCUCCUAUUCCAGGGAUGUUUCCAAACUUAUAUAAUUUGGGACAGAUCAAUCCCCUUGUUAUUCAACCACAAGCCAUGACACAACAGGCUACUCGACAUGCUCGGCGUGUGUAUGUUGGUGGACUUCCUCCAACUGCUAAUGAGCAGACUGUUGCCAUAUUCUUCAAUGGAGUUAUGGCAGCUAUUGGAGGAAACACAGCUGGUCCAGGUGAUGCUGUUCUUAAUGUCUACAUAAACCAUGACAAGAAAUUUGCUUUUGUUGAGAUGAGAUCUGUGGAAGAAGCAAGCAAUGCAAUGGCCUUAGAUGGCAUAAUGUUCGAGGGAGCACCGGUGAAGGUUAGAAGGCCCACGGACUAUAAUCCUUCCCUAGCAGCUGCGCUGGGCCCAAGCCAGCCAAACCCCAAUCUUAAUCUUGCUGCUGUUGGCUUAACCCCUGGCUCUGCUGGAGGAUUAGAAGGUCCAGAUCGCAUUUUUGUGGGUGGACUACCCUAUUACUUCACUGAGGCCCAAGUGCGGGAGUUGCUCGAAUCCUUUGGUCCUCUGCGUGGAUUUGAUCUUGUGAAGGAUAGGGAAACUGGUAACUCGAAGGGUUAUGCAUUCUGUGUCUACCAGGAUCUUACUGUUACCGACAUUGCCUGUGCUGCUCUUAAUGGCAUCAAGAUGGGAGACAAGACCCUUACUGUUAGGCGGGCGAACCAAGGAGCUAAUCAGCCUAGGCCAGAGCAAGACAGUGUCCUGAUUCAGGCACAACAACAGGUGCAAAUGCAGAAACUCGUGUACCAGGUUGGAGGUGCCCUUCCAACAAAAGUUGUAUGCCUGACACAGGUAGUCACAGCAGAUGAACUGAGAGAUGAUGAGGAAUAUGAGGACAUUGUGGAGGACAUGAGGGAAGAAGGGCGCAAAUACGGUAACUUGGUGAAAGUUGUAAUCCCACGGCCUGACCCCAGCGGUGCUCCUGUUGCUGGAGUUGGGAAGGUGUUUUUGGAAUAUGCAGAUGUGGAAGGAUCGACCAAGGCGAAGACUGGCAUGCAUGGGAGGAAGUUUGGCGGGAAUCAGGUGGUGGCUGUGUUCUACCCCGAGGACAAGUUUGCUGCGGAGCAGUACGACGGAUGAAAGUUAGAACCUGUGCUAGAGUUGUGUUGCGCCACAUGAUGUGGUGGUUUUUCAUCUUAGUUUGAGGACCAGAACCAUUGCUAGUGUCCACAAUUGAUUUCGUACCAUACUGUAGUCGUAAAGUUUGUCCAGAAACCAUUGUAGUUGUUGGAUGUGUGCUGUGCUGCUGAGACUGCUACGAUGAAAGAAUUCAUUUGAUGUUUCUUGUUGCUACCA